CGGAGUGCUCUGCAUUACGCGGCCUUGUCGGGGCAACCCAAGAUUGUCGAGGCCCUGCUCGAAGCCUCUGCGGACGUGAAUUGUAGCGAUGCUGAUGGAAGGACGCCUCUGCAUCUAGCCGCUUUAAAAGGGCACGAUGACUGUGUUCGGCUGUUGAUGAAGCAUGGGGCGGAUGUGUUGUGCGAGGAUUCCCAGGGAAGAAUACCCUUGGAUUUGGCG